GUGAACCAGUGAGUGACUUGAGUAGAAAUUGAAGGAAUGGCUACAGCUAUGGGACCGGUUAAACAGCGUCAGAGUCUCCACCUCCUCCUCGGCUUCUCCUUGUCUGCUCCCACCAUUUACCUUAUCUCCAUCUCAUUAAAUCAACCCAUCACCUCACCUUCAGGCUUUACUUUGGAUUUAUAUAUAAAACCUUCUCUACAUUCUUGCUUCCCUGUUAUGCUAUGCUCUGCUUUGUUUUGCUGUCUCUCUCCCUCCCUUGAAAACCCAGAUCCAAUUCUAUUAGCUCUGCGAAUCCCAUUAGAUCUAAAGGACAGAAAACCCAAUUUCCCAAAUGGCUUCACUUCAGUAUUUCAGCUUCAGAAAGUUGUUUCUUCUUUACCUUGUUUCUUUCCUCUUCUCCAGCGUUCUAGUUUGUGCCUUAUCAGAAACUGAUUCCCAAAGCAAAAGGUUUCUGGGUAGAAGGCAAAUGUUAGAGAUGGUGGAGGAGGAUGAAGAAGACAAGCCUAAGAAGAAGACCAAUCCCAACCUAUCCACCAAAAGCCAAACCAAACUUAUCAAACCACCCAAGCCUUCCACGAAUUCAACCAAAAAGACAGCAGGAACAUCCACAGAAACCAUUACCCUCACCAAGACCCAACGCAAGAAGCUCAAUUCCACCUCAAGCAGCUCAAAUUCCACCAAACCCAAUUCAGCUUCCCUCAAGAAAAAUUCAGAUCUGCUCAAAUCCUCUCUGCCCAAAAACAAAACUUCCCAACUUAUUGUCACCAAGAAAUCCCAAACGCUCACAGAGAAGAAAUCCAGUGAAGCUAAAUCCAAAAGCCAAGACAGCAAGUUGCAGUCGGGCGAGUCUAAAUCCAAAACCUCAGACAAGAAGCAAUCAAGUACUAUUGAGUCCAAAUCUGGAAGUUCUUCUUCAAAGAAGCAAUCCAGUACUGAGCCCAAAUCCAAAAGCUCUUCUUCUUCUUCAAAGGAGCAAUCCAGUGAAUCUAAAUUCAAGAGCCCAGACAAGAAGCAGUUGACAGAGGAAAAGAGCCAGCAGCAGAAGAAGAGCCAGAAACCAACGAGGCCCUAUUGGAUGGAUCAAGACGAGGACGAAGAUUUAGUCUCAGAAUUCAGAGACCUUCCCUCAAAAUUCCAUCAGCAAUUGAUACCAGAUCUGCAGAGGAUCUCAACAAAUUCCAGAGCUUAUCUCGCCAAAGCAAACAAGGAAAUCACACAAGGGUUUAAACCUUUGGUGGGCAACAAAUACGCACCCACAAUUGCUUCCAUACUGUCCUGUAUCUUCAUUAUAGUCCCUCUCCUCCUCGUUUCACUUAUCUUCAAUCGAAUCAAAGCUUAUUUCUCUCUCCAGAAGUUACUGAUCUUCAUUCAAGUCUACUUAUCGAUCUACUUCACGAUUCUAUCACUAUCUUCUCUGGUGACGGGGUUGGAGCCAUUGAAGUUCUUCUACGCGACCUCGCAGUCGAGCUAUGUGUGCUUGCAGGUGAUGCAGACGCUUGGGUACGUAUUGUAUCUGCUGCUGCUGUUGAUGUACCUAGUGUUAGUGUUCUCGACAGAGAAUGGAUUGGGCAUGAAGUUGCUGGGCCUGGGCCAGACAAUGGUGGGUCUAGCAGUGGGCUUGCAUUACUACGCGACGGUAUUUCACAGGGCGGUGCUGCAUCAACCGCCCAAGACCAACUGGAAAGUUCACGGAAUCUAUGCUGUUUGUUUUCUCGUGAUCUGUUUAUUUUCCAACGCCGAGAGGAGGAAGAAGGCUUACCUACACGACGGUGGUGAGGAAGGAAAGAAAAGCUGAGAAAGAUUUCUUUUUUAUUUUGUUUUCUGAGAAAUGGAAAGGGGAAAUUUCAACUUCGUUUUCUCGGGGUUCAAGCAUCAGCCAAAGGCCAGCAGUCCCGGAGGAACUAGGAAUAAUAAACAAGCGAGAAAUUCUCUUUUUAUCCCAAUUUAAAUCUUUUAUUAGUAUAUUACUUUCUUUAUUUUAUGUAUGAAAUUUCUUAGCAAAAAUCAAUAAAUAUUGACUGAUUCAAUCAAAUU